CCGAGUGUGUUGUGAUUUUCAAGAGUUUUACGCAAUUUGCUUUAUACUAAAAUAAUAAUUGAUAAUAGAUAUUAAUAAAAAAAAAUAUUUCAAGUGCAUUUGUUCUCAAUAGAAAAUAGAGUAAAACGUACUUGUGUGCACCUGCAUACAUUAUUAACGACAUUCGUUGUUGUUCUCAUUGUUAUUAUUGUUAUUAACGUAAUCGCAUUUGAACAAUAACAGAACUGUAGGUAACAGUGCGCAGCCGAAUACGCAUACCAGUAACAACAGACAGGCAGUUGUUCUUGCAAUUAAGUAUUGCUGUUAAGUGCAUAAAUCGAUUCGUUUAGCAGAACAACAAUAACCACAACAGCAUUACAGCAUAAUCAUGCGUCUCUUAAGAAUUCUGCCGCUGGUUUUGUUCAUUUCAAGAACGCCAACACGCGUCACAGCAACCAGCAGUAUUGCAAAGCGCUCAUACAUUGCAAGCAGCAGCAAUUUCGCGGCGAGUAACUGCAACAGCAACUUUACCGGCAACAAAAUGCCCGAGAAACGCGUAGUGCCAGUGAUUUCCUCUUUCGAAGACUUCAAACUCAAACUGCCAGGUUAUCUAAAUGCAAAGACACCACUCGCCUUGCUUUUGGACUACGAUGGCACAUUGGCAGCCAUUGCCAGUAACCCUGACAAAACAUUUAUGACUGUUUGCAUGGAAAAAAUGCUGAACCAGUUGGCCGUGCAUCCCAAAGUCUUUUUGGCCAUCAUCUCUGGGCGCGGUCUGAGUAACGUACAAUCGCGCAUUUGCAUAAAAGGCAUCACCUACGCAGGCAAUCAUGGCUUGGAAAUCGAGACUGGCGAUGGCACGCGCUACGAUUACGCGCUGCCGGCCGAGACACAAAAACAGUACACGGCGAUGGUGAAAGAACUUACGGAGCAGGUGCAGCGGAAUGGCGGUUGGGUGGAAGACAAGAAAGUAUCGCUGACCUAUCACUACCGUGACGUGCCUGCGGAUGUGUCAGAGCAGCAAAAACAAACGGCCAUACGGAUAAUUGAAUCGCAUGGCUUCCGGGUGAGCCAAGCACACGAAGCGGUCGAGGCAAAGCCGCCAGUGGACUGGAACAAAGGUGAGGCUGCAUUACUCAUUUUGAAGAACAAAUUCGGCAGCAAUUGGGCCGAUAAAAUCAAAGUGGUAUUUGCCGGAGACGACAACACGGACGAGGAUGCCAUGCGGCUACUACAAGGCUCCAGCAAAUCUUUCCGGAUCUCCGUCGAUCCUGAGAUUCAAACCUAUGCCGAUUUCCGUUUGGCGCGUCAAGACGUCGUGGAGGAUCUACUGAAAUGGAUAGUCAGUACUUACUCCGAUUAGUUGCAUUGAUAUCUGCGGCGCAGCAUAAUUCCACAGAAAUUUAGUUUAUUUGAAAAAUUAUAUUAUUAGUUGAAGCGUUUUUGGAAUCACAUCGAGUGAUGAGCAAAUAUUUAUUGCUUGCCAAAUUAAGUUGUAUUCACAAAGCGUAUAUUUAGUAGUGGCAAGUUAUAGUGAGUAGUGAAUACCAAAUGCACCGUUUAGGGCAUUUUUAGGAGUCACUUUAUUGAACAAA